UUUUAUCUUUGGUUUGCUUAUUUCUUUUCAAUACAAAAAAUGGCUGCUUUGCAACAAAAAUUUUCAAAAAUGAUUUCGGCCCAGCUACGCACUAAAGCCAACGACUUUUUAAACUCAAGGAAAAAUGCUAAUAAUCUUGCCGAUAUCAUACAAUUGUUCGAGGCUGAAACAGAAAACUUUACGUCCGUACUCCUUGCAAUUGAAGUCAUAUUCACUGAAUUACUCAAAAGAGGUGAUCUGGUACAAGUGGUUGUGCCGUUAAAGCCAGCAGAUCAAUCUCCUGAAGCCCAAUAUAAGAAAUGGCUUAAUGAAUGCUAUGAGACAGCACUUACUCAUGCCUUGCAAUGUGUAAAAAAAGGAAAAAUAACUUCACGUCUCCAAGCCCUGGUUACUUUAUGUAAGCUUAUGCAGGCUGAGGGGAAUUAUCCUCUUGAGCCUAUGAAUGGUUUCUGUUUUCCUUCAGUCAGAUUGAAGAAUAUAUUUAAUGUUCUGUUGGACUCAGAAAUACCAAUGUCGGCACCAAUAACCCGUUUUCAAGAAUUUACUGAAUACAGGGAUGUGCAACAGUUUGGUCUAAAGGUCUUAACAACACUUGCAUACCGCAAGUCUCCAACACAUGUUUUUAUACAGAAUUAUCUAGAGCUUUUAGAUAAACUCCUUGCAUUGGAGAUCCCAACAGAAGUAAAAAAAACCAAGGGCAAGGAAGAUGAUAAAGAGGAUAAAGUUCUUUGCAGUAGUAAUGGUAAACAAUUCCAAUUCAGUCCAGUAUCAUGCAAGCGGUAUGCAAAUUGUUGCUGGGGAUUUGCCUGUCAGUGGUCUCUGUGUGAAGACCCAAAGACACAUCGACGCGCCCUCAUGUUGUUAGUAGAGAGACUCAUGGGAUUGCUAAAUAAACCACAGCUUGCUACUGACAUGCUCUGUGACAGUUUGGAUGCUGGUGGUCCUAUCAGCAUGUUAGGUCUUCAGGGUGUGUUAGAGUUGGUCCGUCACCACAAUAUCUCAUACCCGGAUAUAUAUGACCGGCUCUAUGCUAUGUUUGAGCCUGAAAUGUUCGCCACGCGCUAUAAGAAGCGGCUGAUGCAUUUGGCGGACAUAUUCCUCAGUUCUACACAUUUACCAGAAAGUCUUGUAGCGGCAUUCGCAAAGCGCAUUUCUCGCCUAGCACUCGUGGCUUCACCUGACGACGCCCGUAGUUUGUUGCAAAUCGUCGCUAAUUUGCUUCUUCGGCAUCCAGCGCUUAAGAGGAUGAUCUGCUCUGAAGAUUCGCCAGCUAUCAUGUCAAACGACCCCUACGUAAUGGAAGAGACAGGCGCGUCCCGAUCCCGUGCACUUGGUUCUUCAUUAUGGGAAGUGCGAGCGCUUUGUCGUCACUGGGCACCGGAAGUCACCAGUGCGGCUACACGCGUUCUGGCUUCGCAUGAUGCAAGAGAAUCACCACUUUCAUUGGCCCCGCCUGAAGAUAAUGAGCAAUUUGAAGCAGAACUGAAAAAAAGAUUCAAGACUAUAGAAAUCAACUUCAUUCGGCCGGAUGGAAUGUGUAUCCCAAGUGGAGACCGACUAAUGACCUACUGGGAUCUAACUGCUUAAAAAAGGUAUGAAUUGGUUCAAUAUUUGUAAAUCCCUCCGAAAAACAGAGCAACCAGAAAAAAGUUCUUGUAUUUGCAAUAAAUUUGAAUAUGAGCCACCAGGGCUAUUAUUAUUGUUUAGUGAUUAGGAGGUUUGGUACUGUAUAUUAUUGAGUGGAUAUCAUGUUAACUGUAACAUGAUAUCCACUCAAUAUCAGUUACACCAUAUAUAACAACUUAUGGUCGUAAGUGAUCAGGAGAUAAUGCCUCUUCAUCUGAAUCAAUCAAUUUAUGAAAGUUUUCUUUAUGGUUUAUAAUAUGAGGCAUAAUUCCUUAUAAUCCAAACCUAACUUUUGUUACACUUUUUGAUACAAGAUAGUUCAGGAGAAAGUAGCCUCAUUAAAUUUAAAUUAUUUUUAUCAUAAAUUAUAAAAACAAUAGAAUUUGGUUUUUUUUGAUCUUGUUUAUUUCCAAAUUCCACUUAUUCUGUGGUGCUUUGAAAAUCCACUGAUCGAUUUAUAUUUGAUCAGUAGAUUUUAAAAGUUAAAUGACCAAAUAUAUUAAUAAGAUUUUCAUAUAACAGUGCAAAAUUCGAUUUUUGAUCCAUUAAAAAUUUGUAAUAUUAAAAAGUAACAAAAGUUUUUUUCAACAAUCAAAGGAUAGUAGCCAAAUUAGUCAAAUUGCCGUAUUUAUUUUAGCAUUACAAAGAUUUCUGAUUCAAAAAUCUGAAACAGUUGUACAUUGACAAAUAGGUUUUUAAAAAUACCCAUAUCAUAUGGAAGUUUCGUUUUUGUGUCUAUUUCUAAGCAUUUUUAUAAAAGGUAGUUCAACCCAUCACCCAAGAUUAUUAAAAUACGAUUAAUAAAUUUAAUUUUAAAAUGUGGUGUUUUUAUAUUUAAUCCGUGUGUACUAUCUGUAUUUAUUAUAUUUCUGUGAUCGCGUUAUGCUCUUUUUUAGAAAGGAAUAUGAUUCCGUUAUUAAGUGAAAAUUGUGUUUAUUGCCAUUUCCAAAUGUGGGUAGUUGUAGAACGGGUAGACAUCUGUUAAAAUCUCGCUUUUUUAUUUUUUUUACCGACUUCAAGAAAACCGAAGGAGUCAGUUAGUGCAUUUAGAAAUAAGAAUAUUAUUUCAGUGUGAUAGGAAUCUAGAUAGUUAAGAAUUAGGAUUAUUUCGUUGUUUUAAGGCACUAACAUUUGCGAUAUAUUUUGCACUGUUAAGUAGUAUAAGCACCUAAUCUUCUAUAUUUAUAAAACUUCUUGCGAUAUCUUUAUUAGUUUUGUUUAACACCCGCGUAAUGCGUAUGAGUAUAAAAGCUUUUAUUUUGACAAUAUACGCACAAUGAUCAUAAUUAUUCCAGUUUUGUUGAACGUAAGAAAACAGCUAUGUUCUAUGAUAGUAUUUGAGAAUAUUUUCUUUUCUGUCAAUACAAAAAUCAAGUGCAGAUCUAUUAUAAUAAAGUUUUUAAUGAUUUUGUGUAUAAAUAGACAAUUCCAGUAACUUACCAGAAUGAAAAAUCGCAAAUCAUGACUAUUUGAAAUACCUUAGCAUAAUUUAAAUAAAAUAUAUAUAUAUAUAUAUAUUUUUAUUAUGUACCUUAAUGUAUCUAAACUAUGUAAUACUGUAAGAAAAUAACAUUGCAAAGCUUAGAACUUGAAACCUACCUAGAAAAAUUAAUGUAUCCUUAAAGUGUGAGCACUUUUUAAUACUUCAGUAUAAAAUUUUUGGAAUUGUCUAUAAUUUUAUAAUAAUCUUCCAGUGAAUGUUAAUGUAACCUUUCUCAUUCCAGUUCUUUUUUUCCUUUAAAAGUACUGAAAUGUGACAUUAAACUAUAAGAACAUCGUAUGUACUAUGUACUUUGAAAAUUAUGAUGCUUGAUGUGUCCACACUCAACUGUGAACUGUAAACACGGAAAGAAUGUUAUUAAUGGAAAUAAAAGCCAUAUUAUUAUUUGUGCCUCGCAGUUAAGAUCACAGGGUGCGGAAUCUGAAUCUGAAUUAAGUUUGCGUUAAUAUGAAAAAAGCCUGCUAUAUUUAUAACUUUCGUCUUAAUGGAGAUCUAUUCACCUGUAUAGUUGAAACAAACCCACCCAUUGUGCGACAUUUUUAUAUGACAUACAAAUAUCUAUAUAGCAAAACUUAUACUUUUACAUAUUGUGAGAAAAACUUCUAGGAUAGCAAACAAGAUAAAUAUAUUAUUAACAUUGAGAUGGAAAUAUACAUUCCAGUCUUUUGUGGUACUUUGUCAAAAGAAUCUCACUGUAGUGGUACUGGAAACAGAAUUUAUUUACCAAUUAAAUUGAGAUGUGGCAAAGAAAUUACAGAUCUAAAAAAUAUUCAUAAAUUAUCCCCUUAUUAUACAUGAAAACUAAUAGGUCGAGUGCACUAUUCUCUUAAGCAUUCACUUGCCCCUUUUCAUCAGUGACAUUUAAACAAAAUUUGACAGAAAUACUAGUUUAGUGGUGCAAUAAGACCGAUUUAGUUUUUAAGUUUGUCUAGAUUUCUCUGACUUUUUCAUGGUACCAAUGCAAAAUUUUAAUUGCUCCGCACCUGUGAUGUGAUUUAUGAAACAAAUUAUUG